ACCAAGUGAAUGAAAAGUCAAAUUUCUGAUUGACAUUCAGCCCCAAGCAGUAAGCACAUUGGAAUUCGACCGGCAAAAGCCGAUAGAUUCCAUUUGGGUGGCGUCCCGUCCCCCCGCAGAGCGUGAGUGAGUGUGAGAGAGCUCAGCGUCAGAGUCGUUGGACAAGAGAGAAGGAGGAAGGGGAAGAUAAUGACCACCCAGAGAACGCAACGAAAUUCCACCAGCGCCGCCUCCACGGAGUCCGACUACGAAACGCUCAUGCAGCGUCUUCAUAUCGGGUCAGGUGGCGGUGGGGGUGGGGGUGGCGGUGGCAUGCGUGGCUACCAACGCUCGCCAGGGGCCAUCGAGAACUUCAUCCACGAUGGUCAGCAGCAGAUGCAUCACCACCAGCAGCAGCAGCAGCAACAGCAGGCACACGACUACAAGCUGUACGAGCGCGGCAAUAUUAUAGCCGCCUCCAAAUACGCCACGCCCAAGCCCGUCGAGCAGCUGAUCAACAAUGGGGGUGGUAGCCCACAAAUCUAUGCGCCCACCGCACAGGUGCUGGGCCAGCGCAUCGCACCGCAGAAGCACUCGCCCGUGUACGAGAACCUCGAAUUCUACGGACAAUUCGACUCGAACCACAAGCGCGCCCAGCCGCAGAGCCCCGGCAGCCGGCAGAGCGCCAUGCUGAACGACUACCUGCUGAUGCAGCCAAUUGGCGGUGGGAGGUUUGCCCACACGCCUGUGCCCGAGACAGUGGCGGUGGGGGUGGCUGGGAGCGGAGGCCACCUACGCGAACCUCUGGAGGAGGUGGUGGCGCCCAUAUACGAGAACAUCAUACCCCAUUCCGGGCAGCGUGCCCAGCCGCAGGCCUCUCCGGCCACGGCCACCAUGUACCAGGAAAUGCCGGGCAAUGUGGCCUCCUCCGCCGCGUCCUCUGGUCUGGAUCUCAACGCGCUGCUCUCGUCGCCAAUGCACCAGCGCAGCAUAAGCACAAACAACACGCAACAUCCCACUGCCACGCUGGGCUCGCCGACCCAGCGCUAUAGGAAUCUGUCGCUGCCCAGCCACCUGAGUCCCGUGCCGCCCUCGUCGCCGUCACCCCUGCCGAUGUCCGUGUCCAAGCUGCAGCAGCACACACCCAUCAAGCAGCACAUGCCACCGCCCCCACAGGCGCCAGCUGGCGGCGGCCAUGGGGCUGGCAUCAAUGUGUCGGUGAAUCCCAACUACAUUGAGGACAUCAACAGCUCGGACUACGUGUGCAUGACGGCCAAUCUGCAUCGCAAUACAGGCCCGCUGGGCGCAGGCAGCGUGGUGGCUGGCAGAGCAGCACCGGCUGCAGGGGCUAUGCCACAACGAGCAGUCCAGGAGACACCAGCAGCGGCGUCAUCCACAGCAAUAUCAUCGCUGCGAGCUACGCCCAUAGCGAUGUCAGCACCCUUGGCGGUGGCCACAUCACCCACGCCCUCGCAGGGCAGCACAGCGGUUAAUGCCGCUUUGCGACCCAGAAAAGGUCUAACCAAGAAUCUGCUGCCGUACAGCGUGACUCCGCCGCGUCCGGCUGGUCCGACAGAGGCGCAGCGUAAGAUCGAGGAGCUCACCCGCCAGCUGGAGGAGGAGAUUGAGCAAAGUGAGGAGCAUGGCGAGUACUUUGGCAUUUGUCAUACGUGCGGGGAGAAGGUAAAGGGUGCCGGACAGGCCUGCCAGGCCAUGGGUAAUCUCUAUCACACCAAUUGCUUCAUCUGCUGCUCCUGCGGCAGGGCGCUGCGUGGCAAAGCCUUCUACAAUGUGCACGGACGGGUAUACUGCGAGGAGGAUUACAUGUAUUCGGGCUUCCAGCAGACAGCGGAAAAGUGCGCUAUUUGCGGGCAUUUGAUCAUGGAAAUGAUCCUGCAGGCAAUGGGCAAGUCCUAUCACCCGGGUUGCUUCCGUUGCUGCGUCUGCAACGAGUGCCUGGACGGUGUGCCCUUCACCGUGGAUGUGGAUCACAAGAUAUACUGCGUCAACGAUUACCAUCGAAUGUUUGCUCCCAAAUGCGCCAGCUGUGGCAAAGGCAUCACACCCGUUGAGGGCACCGAUGAGACCGUACGCGUGGUCUCCAUGGACAAGGACUUCCAUGUGGACUGCUACAUAUGCGAAGAGUGCGGCAUGCAGCUGACAGAUGAGCCGGACAAGCGCUGCUAUCCUUUGGAUGGGCGUCUCCUAUGUCGAGGCUGUCACCUGCAACGUCUGGCCCUGCAAUCAUCGCCGCACACGCGCCACCAGGAGCCAGUGUGUGCCUCCUAUCAGUAUAUGGGCUAGGCGCACAUCCUGCAUAGUCCUGCGCCCACUACGCAUCCAACUACUGACUGAGAAAGAACUAUCACACUAUCCACGCGAACAAAUUAUUCCAAUUUCAAAUAUUAUCUUAAACAAAAUGAGAGAAAAACACAUGCAUUUAUACGAAAGGA